GGAUCAGUUAGGGCUUCGAUUCUUCAUUUAUUCGAUUCGUCUCCCUUCUCCAGUCAAAUUUUCUCAUCUUCCCAACAGACCCGACGAUGGAGAUCUACCACCUCUUCGCCAAACUCCUGGAUGGAAAAACUCUAACCAUCCGGCUUACAUCACCCACAAUCUCCGGCGACGUCAUUAAGGGCCAUCUCCACCGUAUCACAUCGGUCCCUGUCCACCUCCAGCGUUUGGUUUCACAAUCGCGUCAAAUCUCCGACGAAACCCUGAUUGCCGCCGAUAAAGGAAGCGGUAUCUUCCCGACUGUGCACCUUCUUCUGCCUCUUCCCGGCGGCAAGGGUGGUUUCGGUUCGCUCCUCCGUGGGGCGGCGACGAAGGCGGGGCAGAAGAAGACGAAUAAUUUUGAUGCGUGUAGGGAUAUGAGUGGGCGGAGGCUGAGGCAUGUCAAUGCUGAGAAGAAGUUGGAGGAGUGGAGGGCGGAGGCGGCGGAAAGAGAGCUAGAGAGGAUGGCGGAGGAUUACAUAAAGAAGGCGGCGAAGAAGGGGAAAAGUGGUAAUGGAAGUGCGGCGGCUGUGGCGGCGGAGAAGUAUGUGGAGAAGUAUCGGGAGGAGUCGGCGAAGUGUGUGGCGGAGGUGGAGGCAUCGGUGAGGGAGGCGAUGGGCGGAUUUGGGAAGCGGAAGGGCGCGGAGGUGGCGACCUCAGCUUCUGAUGCAAAAAGAUUGAAGAUUUGGAUGGGAAAGAAAAAAUUAGAGGAAAGUGACAGCGAUGAAGAUGAUGCAGAAAACGAGAGGUCUAUUGUUUUGGAUAAUGGGAGUGAUUCAGAUUCAAACAAGGAAACUGAUGGGAGUUUUGAUUCAGUAUCUGGUGGAAAAUUGAAUGGAGGAUGUUCUGGAGGGUCAUGUGAGAGUGGUUCAGAAGAAGAAAAAGAAACUUUUGGGCAAGUUAAACCAGAGGUCCAGGAAGAAAAAGUAGUUCAGGCUACAAGUGUCUCUUGUUUGGAUGCAGUGGGAAGUGAAGCAGUUGAGCCUGAAAAGGGAGAUUCUGAUGAACCCAAAUCUGGAAGUGUGGAAGUUAUCAGUCUACCCCAAAGCAGUUCGGGUUCAGAGAAUGGAAGUGACAUAGAAAAGGUAGCAAUUGAUUCUGAAGACAAGGGUGUUUCUGAAUCUAAACCAGGUGUUCAUGAAAAAGGAGAAGAAAGCGUGGCAAACACAGAUACCUCGGAUGCAGGAAAGCCUCUGAACUUUGAUGACUUCAGUUCAGCUGCAGAGAUGGAGGUUCUUGGACUGGAAAGGUUAAAAUCUGAACUGCAAGAACGUGGGUUGAAAUGUGGAGGUACAUUGCAAGAGCGGGCUGCCAGGCUUUUCCUGCUCAAGACUAUACCUUUGGAGAAGCUACCAAAGAAGCUGCUCGCCAAGAAAUGAGAUGUCCACCAUGGCUCAUCUGACUUCAAUCCUCUCCUCUUCUUGAGCAAUGUGUUCCCUUUAAAUGACUGAUAUCGCAAUUGAAGUGUGUGUAACUGCUAAUCCUCUGUUUUAUAUAUAUAGUUUGUAUGCUGGAAGUCUGGAACACAGGUCUGGGACGCAUCAACUUUGAUGAAAGCAAUCAAAGGAUAUAUUUUUCUUUCUUUGUAUCACUGUUCCUAAAACAUUUUCAUAUGUUACAACUCACAA